AUGGCUCCCUUCGAUAACAGCCCAGAGGCCAGCUUCCGCGGCAUGAUCCACGAUCAAAACACAAAGAGAUGGCAGGACUUGGAAAGCCGUCUUCAGCCAGAUGUUGUUGUCGAUGGGGAGUCGCUACCGAUAGGCCGCUUCCGGGACCAUCUACUUCGCGACCUUGUGGGAGACGGAGACACCAAAGAGGUGAAAAUCGAUGCGAUGCUGGUUGAUGCCGACACCCCAAGCAUCGCCGCACGUCUCAUCAACCGCGUCACUCCCGCGGCCUCUGAGCCGCUCGAAUAUCAGGAAAUCGUCUUCGCCAACUUCGCAGGCAGUCUUCUGUCCACUUGGCAAACCGUCCGAGAUGAAGACGGCUGCCGAAACCGAGAGCCCGUGGUGCCACCUACACCACCCUCCUUCUCUGCGCUGCCCAACAGAGAGAGAUCGUUCUCGAAACCAUCGGCUGAACUCAAGUCAUUCUAUCAAAGCUACAUUAAAAGCAUAAACGAAAAGACAAUGAGUCGGGAAUUCGACAUCUUCUGCCAGCCGGUGCUAAGGCACAACGGCCGCGAGCUCACGAUCGCCGAGUACAUUCCCCUGAUCAGCGACAGCCAGGAUGCCAUCGACGGACUCCACUUUGACAUCCAGGACCUGCUUGCGGACGCAGAGACGCAGCAGAUUGCGGCGAGGUUGGAGUUCACGGGGACGCCGGUCAAGGAGUGGGGAGGCGCGAGGCCCAAUGGCGCGUCUGUCAGGUUCCAUGAGCAUGUCAUCUAUCAGCUUGAGCAGGGCAAGAUAGCGCGCGUGUGGUCGACCAUAGAACUGGACCUGUAUCGGAAGCAAAUGGGAAAGGAUGUUGUGUAG